AUGGUUUUUGGUUGGAGAAGGAAGAAAACAGCUCAGGAAAAGCUGAAAAAAUGCGAGGAGUUGGUGAUACCAAACCAGUUUCUUUGCCCAAUAUCUCUUGAUCUUAUGAAAGAUCCGGUGACAUUGUCUUCUGGGAUGACAUAUGAUCGAGAGAGCAUCGAAAGGUGGCUCGAAGGUGGGAAUUUUACUUGCCCUGUGACGAACCAAGUGCUAAGGAGUUUUGAUCAGAUUCCUAAUCAUAGUCUUAGGAAAAUGAUUCAAGAUUGGGGUGUGGCGAAUCGGAAGUAUGGCGUCGAACGAAUCCCAACACCUAGAGUUCCGGUUUCAGGAAUUCAGGUCUCGGAGGUUCUUUUCAGUUUGGAGGAUUCGGUGAAGCGUUUGGAUGGGCUAGAGUGCCUGCAAUUGGUGCAGAAAAUCAAGAAAUGGGGUGGUGAAAGCGAGCGUAAUAGGCGUUGCGUCGUAGCGAAUGGAGCAACUAGUGCGUUUGCAGCUGCAUUUGAUGCAUUUGCUAAAGAUUCUUUUGAAAGAAAUGCUAAUAUUUUGGAGGAGAUAUUAUCUGGCAUGAAUUGGAUGUUUCCCAUUUUCAAACAUUCACUUGACGACGAAGCACAAGCGCAUUUAGGAUCCCAAGAUUCUUUACGCUGCUUGGUGUGGUUCUUGAAAUGUAGAGAUCUUUCGGCGAAGCAAGACUCCAUGAUUGCAUUGGAAGAACUUCUUUCUUUAGACCAAAAACACGUAGAAGCAUUUGCAACCAUUGAAGAGGUGAAUGGAGUACUAUUUAGGUUCGUUAAAGACCCAAUUUGCCCUACAAUCACCAAAGCUUCUCUUAUGGUAAUAUUCUAUCUCGUGUCAUCCUCUUCUUCCACUACCGGAGACAUCAAAUCGGAAUUAGUCAAGAUGGGUUUGGUUCCUUUGUUAUUAGAAGUUACUGUAGACUCAGAGAGGAGCAUAAAUGAGAGAGCAUUAGGUGUCUUUGAUAGACUUUGUGAUUGCGAAGAAGGAAGAGAAGAGGCAUAUAGUAAUGCUCUAACAUGUCCAGUAUUGGUGAAGAAGAUUUUAAGGGUAUCAGAAUUGGCAACCCAAUUUUCAGUUUCCGCCAUUUGGAAGCUCAGCAAGUACGAAAAGAAACAUGAAGAAAAUGUCCUAGUGGAGGCUCUUCAAUUAGGUGUAUUUCAGAAGCUAGUGUUACUCUUACAGCUUGGUUGUGGAAAUGAGACAAAGGAGAAAGCAACAGAACUUUUGAAACUGAUGAAUCCUUACAGAGCUGGAUUGGAAUGCAUUGACUCAGUAGAUUUCAAAAAUCUAAAACGGUCAUUUUGA